AUGAAAAAACUGAAACUCCUUCAAGGAAAUCUGCAUCGAAGCAGAAUAGCCGACGAUUUACUCCUACAACUCACUCUAGAACUAAAUAUCGAUCUAGUGCUGAUUAGCGAGCAAUACACAAAUAUAAAUAAACACUGCUGGUACAUGGAUAACCUUUCAACGGCGGCCAUAUGGAUUCUAAAUAGAAAAGAAUUUCGAGUAAAGAAUCACGGAAGUGAGGAUGGUUUCGUUUGGGUAAAUAACGAAGAAAUCACAUUUGUGAGCUGUUACUUUACACCAAACGAGAGUUUAGGGUCUUUCUUAGAUAAACUUAACUGUUUGGAAGAUUUUAUCAGAAAAAAGAGUGGGACCUUUGUAAUUGGUGGUGACUUUAACGCAAAAGCACCAGACUGGGGUAUGAAAAAACUAGAUACAAGGGGAUUUAGUAUUUUAGAAAUGGCUGCCAGAAUUGGUUUAACGGUUGCAAACCAGGGAAAUACCCCUACAUUUAGACGCCCGGGUUACGCGGAAACAAUCCCAGACAUUAUCCUUGUAAGUGAAAAUUUAGCAGGUCACAUUGAAACAUGGGAAGUAAAAGAAAACUAUACUGGUAGCGACCACCAGUACAUCGCUUUCACAAUAUCGAAAAAAAUAAAUCCCUAUAUAAAACAAACCACCAGAAAACUUAGCUGGAAUUUAAAUAAACUUAACAGAGAAGUAUUUAAGGAAACUAUCUCAGUUGGCUGUGAUGAACUAGCAAUAGUAAAAAAUGGAAGAACGCAGAAACACUGGCUAAAGAUACAGUCAAACUUCUCCAUAAAGUUUGCAAUCUCUCCAUGUCCCGGAAAAAACAGAACGACAAGAGGCGGUCGGUUUACUGGUGGACAACCGAAAUUGCAAAUCUCAGGAAAAACUGUCUUCGACUUAGGAGACGAGCAACUCGAGCUAGGAAGAAGAAAUGCGGAGUAG